AUGGAGGAGAAUAGGUCUGGUGUGUGAAACAAGAAGGAGCUGCCUUGGCUUACAGCCAAAGAUUGUGCAUGUCAGGAAGCGACUAGAUUAUGCUGACUUUGAUGAUGCAUUGCUAUUUUAUGAUGAUGAGCUCCUAAAAUGAAGUCGAUGAGAUUCUUGAUAGCGGAGAAAAUUAUGAGAGCGAAUGGGAGCUCGAGGAAGAUUCUUUAG